AUGUCAGAAUUAGUUACGGACAUUAUUAACAGUUGUCAUAACGAUUGUGGAGACCCGGAAAUUUUCACCACAGAAUACGUCUUUACAUACGUAUAUUAUUGUACAUUUAUGAAUUGACUAUAUUACCUACACAUGGUCAAUCCGAUACAGCGAUACUCAAUAAUCGUCUAAAUGUACGACAUUGCCUGGUGACGUUACGGUAGUAUACGGAAAUUCGUCGCGCGUGUACCGGCGGUGCCGCCGGCCGCGCGUCGGCAGUCCGCGGGCAGCUUAAAAGCGCAUUACCCGCGCGGGGAGGGGGGCGCGUAGAAAGCUCCACCCCCGACGACGGCGGACGACCGCAGCCCGUGUCGCGCGUAGUUUCCCGCGGUUUUUCCUUUUCGUCGCGCGGCUCCGUGUUCGCCGGUCCGUCCGCAACCGCAUUGUUGUUAUUGUUGUUACCGCGCGAUCACCGGCAGCAGCGGCCGUCGUGCGCCCGGUCCACUCGAACGCCGCAACGAACAACAACGACAAUAAUAAAUAUCAUUUCGUUUAUUUUCCCCGCACAUAAUACGCACUCGCGUGCCGCGCACAAUAUUCGCCGUACCCAUUGUGCCGUCGCACAGUAUAGCGGCCGUCGUCGUCGGAACACUUUCACCGCGCGAGUCCCGUGCCGCCGCUCCGUGUACCGCAUACGGACCCGUCGUUCCGGCCGUUGUUGUCGUGUUGUUGUUGUUGUUGCUGUUGUUGUUGGCGCGCGUCACCCGCGGCCCGACGGUUUGUGCGCGACUGGCCGUCGGUUGCGCGCGCGUAUUUCCGCGGCUACCGGAUACGACGACGGCCGGCGAUCGCGCGCGUGCGAUAACUGUUCGUUAGACGACAAACGCCGCGAAUUCCGGUCGGAUAGCGUUUUCGUCCGUUCGUUUUUUUUUUUUUUUUUUUUUUUUUUUUUUUCUUAUCGUAUUUUUCGCGCGUCCGCGUGCCGAUCGAGUGCGCUUUUUGUUGUUUUUUUUUUUUUUUCUAUCUAGCGAUUUUCCCGUCGUCCUAUAUGUGAGACGACGCGAUGAAGACCGCGAACGGAGAGCUCCCGACGACCAAGACGACCGCUACCACCGUCGACGAGACGACGACGUCCGGAGAUAUCGGCCGGCUGCUGCAGAGUUCCGCUUGUGCGUUUGUUGUUCGCGGCAGGUAAACAAAAUGUAACAUAUUAUUAUAACAAUAAUUUACGUAAAAAAAAAAGCCAAUCUACGACAACGUAUCAAUAAUGUCGAUGUAUUCUGUCGGUCAGUAUAAAAACUGCAGUAAACGCGUGCGAUUUUUAUUUUUUGUAUUGGUUGUCGUUUACCAUAGUCGGCACGUGCGUCGACGGUAAAUUGAUAUUUUGUUUUUUCGUUUUUACUCUACCCGUUUUACGUAUGCGAAACGCGUAAUAUUAUUCAGAACCGGAUAAAAGUCCGGUGUUUAUAAUAAAUAUGUAAUAGCCGAUCGGCCGGUCAUCGGUCGGUAACACGCGCGGAAAUAAUACGUAUGGGGAGAUGGAAAAAAAAAAAAAAUGUUGUACCUAUAGGUUAGGUUAGGUUAGGUUCGGUACGGGUACGAACGAAAUUCCGGAAUACGCUCGCGGAGCCGUUAACCGCGAUAAAAACAAAAUCGCAGAGAUCCGAUAAGACCACGGCAUCUGUCUGCGUUAGAUUUUAUCGCAGUUAUAGCCGUCUAUUAUUCUGUACGUUUUUUUUUUACCGAGUUUCGAUUUUUCGCUGUUUUUAAGAUACGGGUCUUAAAUGCGAUUUCAAUAUCGGGGCUUUUAAUGUACUAUUUUAAAUUCUGAACGAAGCGAGUAGGUGAAGGUGUAAUGAUAAUAUGUGAUUUUUUUUGUGUCUGUAAAUAACAAAUCUACGUUGUUUCAGCUCUUCCGAACAAUUUGGAAAUUGGCGACUUUAAUAACAUUCAACCGACCAAUUUUCCUUUGUUUUUCGAUACCCACUGUGCAUUGUACCGAUGUGGACAAGACUGUCUAAAUAUAAAAAAAAAAAACAAAACCACAAUUAUAUAUUAAUCCUUGCCAUUACACAUUCUAUAGACGGUAAUAGGUAUACAUAUUUAUUAUCUACAUACUUAAAAUAAUACAAUUGGAAAGCUAAAUAAUGAUAAUAAUUAUUUUAAAUUGAAAUUUGUUUUCCCCCUUGUAGAUAGUACCUAAAUAUCAUACAGUCAGUACAAAAAUACUAAUUAGGCAGUCGUCUGAAAUCGAAUAAUUCCGAACCGUGUAUUGUAAUCGAAACCGAGCGAAAAUUGUUCAUUUGAGUUUAGUGCAUAAUGAGCAACACAAUAAGGGUAGGACGAAAAAUCCUAUAGUAAUCAAUUAUAAAUAUACGCAAUUUUGUCAUGAAAAAUAUCAUCUUUUUGCGCUUAAAUAAAUUGCCGUCUUCUUUUUUUGUUCCCCUUCGCCUUCAUUCUGGUUAUUUGUGUUUGGGUCGGACAACCUUUGUCGUCAUUUUCUAGUUGACGCAAUCAUCCUCUUACACACACACACCGGCUUCUUCGUUUUGUUUUUAAUUUUAAAAUUUGUUGAGUUAUACAAAAGAGCGUAUAAAAAAUGUCCUAAAAUGUUCGUUAAAACGUAAGAAAUCCUAAAAUAUGUAUGUGCAAAAAUAUGCAAAUUAAAUUUUAUAUGCAGAAUCGUUAGAUUAAAUGAAACACGUUUCGGUAUAAACCAGUUAUUUUUUGACCAUUUUUUCAUAAUAUAUGUAUAUAUAUAUAUUUUGAUAAAAUGUAUCAUUUCAUAAUCUUUUUUAAAAAAAUCAGAGUGAAAUCAUUAGUCACAACGUGGGUAUAAUGAACUCGAAAUUGUUUCUUUUGAAAUUUGUUUACGGGCUAUAAUGGAUUUAGCGUAGUGCACAUUACAAUUAUAUUUUAAAUAUUAUAACUAGGUAUUUGUUAGGUUAGUUCAAAGUAUAAUACGUCGCUGUGGGUGAUUUUGUAUAGUUGUAAAAUAAUAUUAUUAUAUUAUUAUUCAUAAGGCCCUAUAACCUAACCUACUCCAGAUAAAAUAGCUGCAGCCUUGACCUAUAAUAUAAAAUAGAUACGUAUCACUGCCAAAUAUAAUUAUUUUAAUAUUAUUUGACUAAAUAGUAUUCAAAAUUACCACUUUUGUUUUCGCCAAAUAUUAUUAUAAUCGAAUAGAGAAAUUAUUAUACGACUGCAGAGCAAUUCCAUUUUGAAAAUUAUUACAGGUUAUACAAUAUAAUGUAUUAGGUAUUGGAACAUCGUAACAUAAAAUAUGUUUAAAACAUACUUUACCGAUGAAUAAUUACAAUAUUAACCAUUAUUCAUAUUGUUAACGCAAUUGAAAAUUUUGGAGUUACCGUUUUAAAAUUACUUAAAUCUAAAUAGCUAAAUUAAAAAGCAGUUUUUUUUUUUUUUUUAUCACGAUCCAGCAAUUAUUUAUGAAUUUCACGAAGAUUCUGUGAAAUACAAAAAUAGUAUUAAAAAAAAGAAACUCAUUAAACUAUGGGGGAGGGGGGGAGAAUUCAAAUUUACUUAAAAUUCCUAGAGAACAUCACUGGAUUAUGAUCAGAAAAAUCACACGGUAUUGUAAAUUUGAAUUGAUAUUAAUUUUUUUAGUAAGAAACAGUAAUACCCAAAGGGUAGGUAAUUUAUUUAGUGUAUUUACUCACUGAAAAUUCGGGAAAAUAUUUUUUGUUGGCUAUGGAGUGAAGAAAACAACAAGUUUUCGCAUACAAUUUGUUGUUUUGUAUGCGUACUAAUUUACCCAAUUUACCGGUGUAAAUGUCCAUCACCACCCUGUAGUGAACGAAAUAAUUUUUCCUGUCCUGUGAUUAAAAUAUGCAUACUAAUUUUGAAUGAAUUACCGUAUUAUCAUAUUGUUCGUUUAUUCUGGGAUACUAUAUACAAACUCUAGGCGGUCUAUUCCAUUAUAUUACAAAGUGCUUAUACUGAAACGUAAUAAAUGGACGCAAAUGGAUUGCCGAACAGAAUUUUAAAAGCUACGGCCCCCGUUGUCGCGGACGUUUCGCUAUAUAAUUUAUGUUUUUGCAAGUGGAACGAAUAGACUUUUCGAGGAAAUCAUAAGUUUUAAAAAUUUAAAUAUACGUAUAAGAACAAUUAUAAGAUAACCUAUUAUUAAAUAGAUUAAAUUCGGUGGUCAUACAUAAUAUAAAUUGUUUAUCAGCGAGGCUCGGAUUUUGUAGCAUUUUGCUAAUUAUUAUUGGGAUACUUGUACAUAGAUAAAAAUAGCAGAAUGAUCAGUGAGUUAUACGCAUUUGUUUUGUUUGUUUGCGAUUGCGAAUAUACUAACAAUUUUAUUUUGCAUAUUUGAAGCUUUUUUGGUGUUUAGUGCUAUUUAUCAAGUUUUCAUGAAAUGUUUUGCUAUAAUAUAUUGAGUAUGAUUUAUAUGGCAUUUUUUAAUUAUUCUGUUCUUUUUUCCAGAUAGUUUUGAAUAGUUGCAUUCGAUCGAAGUCAUCAUUCAUGGUUAUUUUAGUUUAUGUAUUAAUAAAUAAAAUAAAUAAUAAAUAAAAUGUCUUUAUUGUACAUAAAUUCAUAAUUUAUUGAUUCAAAAUAACUAAACAAUUGUUAAUACAAAAUAAUAAACAAAACAAAAUUUUAUUCAAUUUUUUUAAAUUCAUUUUUAUUUUGUUUUUAGGGUAUUUUAUAGCGAACAUGUCAGUACUUUUUAGUGCUUUAUAAAUUCUCAAGAUAGCUGUUUAUCAGUAUCAUCUCUGUGAGAACCGAUAGGAUAUAGUCUUAUUGCAGAUGUAAUUUAUUUUAAAUAUUUAAACCAACAUUAAAAUUACUAAUUAGAUUUAAAAAAAAAUAUAUAUAUGAUUUAGUAUAGUGUUCAGAGUUAAAAGUUCCACUAGGUAGGUACUUAAUAUUGUUUAAAUUUCUUUUCGAUAUAUUUUUACACUUUUUACGAUUUUCAGAGCGUCGAAGUUAGAAUUUUGAAAAAUUACUUGUCGUAAUGCACCUUUCGUGUCCAAUUAUCUAAAUCUAAAAAGUUGCCCGAUAAACUUUUUAAACAUUUUUUUAAUGUUCCUGAAAGUAUUUUCGGUGACAAAAAAAGAAUAAAAAAUAAAAAUAAAACCUUUUAAAACUAAUGGUCUUCCUAUUCUCUCCAUUCGGAAUUUACAAAGUAAAAAUAAUAAUACGUGUUUGUUUUAUUAAAAUAUUAAUAAUAUGACGCGCAGUGGUAGAUAUACUUGGUAUAAAUUUGUGGUUUGUAAAACUUUGAUUGUUUUUACAUUAUAAAAUAAUUUUCUAUUUAGUAUACUUACAUGAUAAUGCAUAAUAAUUAGACAAAUUAGUAGAAUUUUAUGUACAAGAUACAGGAGUUGCCGUUAUUUCAGAUUCUGAGUGAGUGAGGAAUAUGUAUCUAUUGGUUUUACUAUGAUGUGUUAUUUUGUUUGUUUUUUGGUGUGUGUAACUUUUACGCCAGAAAUUUUGCUCCGAUUAAAUUUUUUUAACGAACGCACGUUGAAUUUUUGAUCUGAUUAUUGCACGGGGAUGUCAUUUUUUUAUUAUUUUUUUUUUUGUAUAAUUUUCUUAAUAAAUGGAAAAAAAUAGAUUGAAAUUUGUUUGUACAUUUUUUCAUUAAAUUCUGUAUCGCAAUAAUGGAAAAAUAUGACUAGUAAUUAUGACUAGUAAUAUGACUAGUUUUGAUCAGAAUCGAUUUUCGUUAACAAUGAUUCAUAGUUGUGUACAGAUAUAAAUUAAAUUACGUUACUUAUCUUAUUUUACAACUUCUCUAUUAAAUCAGUGACACGUCCAUCAGCAGUACCUAUCAGUUUUGUUUACGUGACAAAUUGUUGAGCAUGUUAAUGACUAAAGAAAAAAGUAAUACAAAUUAAAACAAACAAUUCGAAGUUAAAAGUUUAACAUUCUUCUGAUUUAAAUUGGAACAUGGUACAUAUAUUUAUAUUUUCGAUUAAAUUCGUUUUGUUAAUGCGUUGCUAGUAGAAAUAUUAAUAUCUUAAUACAAUUAUAAACUAAAAACAAAAUUAUUAAAAUGGUUAAUACUCGUAAAUAAAUUAAGUUACUUUAUUAGUAUCUUGUUAAAAUCAUAGAAUUUUUUCGUUUUUUUUCUAGUUUUUAUUUUUUUUUUUUAGUUUCUAAGAUAGUAAAAUAUUCGAGAAUAUAACUAUAACAAAACGCAAAUAUACAUUUUACAGUUUUUCAUCAGUUUCACGCGUUGCUUUAUUAUCAAAAUAUAUGUUUACUUCUUAUUGAAGUAAUAACAGCCAACGGCAUCGUGAGUUUUGUGUGAAAAGAAACGAUGGUUAUAUAGUUACCAUAAAACAUCAAAAUAUAAUUUAUAUCGCGAGAUUGUACUUUUUUAUAUUUGUUUUGUCCGCAACAUAAAGAAAAAACAAACAAAACUAUUAAUAAUAUUUCUCUUAUGCAAAUACAUUAUAUUUUUCUCGUUAUCAUUGUAUUCAUCCGCGUCUACUUGUGGAUAGUAAUAGCACGGCUGCACUAAAAGUAUAUUGAGAUAUAUCUACGUGAAAAAAAGGUAAAAUACCUCUACCUAUUUGAAAAAAAAAGAGAUUCUUUUUAUAUGUUUGUCCCGCACGUUUUCUAUAUAUUUUAUAUUGCGUUUGAAGUGGUUUUUUUGCCCUAUAUAAAAACCGAUGUUCUUUUUUCGCGUAUAUAGAAACUCGUAAUAUUAUAUUGUAUUAAUAUAAUAAUAUAAGCGUGGUUGCCGUUUUCCCGUUUAUAAAAAACGCGAGAGGUAAAUGUAACAAUUCGUGACGAUAUAGGACAUAUUAUAGGUACCUAAAGGAAAUUCGGUCGUUUUCGUGAUAACGAUAACUGUUAUAUAUUUGGUUAGGCCUAAAACGCCGUAUACUUGUAUCGUUUUCGAGGUAUUUGAAAAAAAAAGUUUAUAAAAAAUAAUAUAGACAUUCGGGAUAACUAUUAAAUUCAAUAUUGGUUUCGUCGUCUGUUUUUUUCUCUUUUUUUUAGACGUUAUUAUAGGACGGUUUCUGUGGAAACCUAUACGCUAUUUUGCAACGAUUGCACAAGCAAAGCGAUAUAGGUAUACACGCGCGCAGUGCUGUGCGUUUAAACGGUAAAUAAACCGCUCGAUGUGAAAGUUCAUCGGAUUUUCAGUGAUAUUUUUUGCGCGUAUUUAAUACAAGCUGUGUAUGUGUGUGAAUUAUCGUCGAUAAUAUUAUACAGAGUGACCAUUAAAAUCAGCGAUUAUCUAUCGAUAUGGGUACGAAGAUUUCGAGUAAAUUUGAUUCGGGGUUUUUUUUUCUUCGGUUAUAUUUCGUAAUAGAAUAGCGUUUGAUCUUGUUUACUGCACUUAUUGACUUUCGAUUAUCUCCCGCCGUUGUCUGCAUUAUUCUAAAGAGAAUAUCUUAAAAAAAUAAACAAACAGAAAACAAUGUUGAUAGACCGCGGAAGAAUAUAAUGUAGGGAAAAUUUGUUUGAAAAUCAUUAUACGAGUAUAUGCGAUAUGUAUUUAUGGUGGAAUAAUAAGAGUGAAAUUCGGUAAAUAUUUAAGAAAUAACAAUAACGAUUUAUGUGUAUACAUGUUAGUAUGUUACGGUCCAAGUGGAAAAAUUAUCAUUGUAAUUACUGAUCAGGAAUUGUAUACUAUUCCCGAAUUUUUCAAGCCACGUGGAUAAUUACAUACACAGACUAGACAUUGUGUACAAUUACCAAUACUGCCAGUGCCAAAUGCAAAAGAUGCUUAAUAUGUUUAUUAUAGCUUUACACUAAAUAUCAUUGUAUGCCAUUUGUGGACACAAGUUCAGCGGUCAAAACCUUGACCUCCUAGAAUGGAUACCAGUCUAGCUAUAAUUUUGAGUGAUAACCACGGAUUGAUAUCCGUGAACAUACCAUGAACACUAACAAAUUCUCCCUUGCAAAUUGAUUUCUACUAUAACGAUACUGAGGUUUACCUUUGGUUGUGCCUAAUUUGUAUUCUUUGCAUUCUCCGUAAAUAAAUUUUAAUUACACAUUAGUUAACAUGUUAAAAAAAAAUGUAAAUUUUUUCGCUUAUAAUACCUGACAUAAUUAUACCUACGCCUAAAAUUGAUAGUAAGUUGCUUCGAGCUCUGUAUACAUCUGGUAUUUUUAUUUUUAUAGAUUGUCCAAUUUUUCCUUAACACAAUUUUGAGAUAGAUUUAAACUUAUCAACUUGAAUUUAUAUAUUUUUACAGAUUCUAUUCUUAGCUAUCCGACAUAAAAUUGUGAUAAUGCGUCAAGAUUAUCAGCUUAUUAAAUUAUAUUUUCUUCAGUACAUCAAAAUCGAUGUUGUUUAUCUAUUAAUAACCGUUUAUACAACGGUCGCACCAGUUAUAAUAGCAUUGUAUACAAUGACUAGUCUAUAUGAGAAAUAAAUAUUUAUAAUAUAAACUGCCGAAAUAUUCCAUGCAAUGUGUACAAUGCCCGGCCAGUGUUUACAAUGGACGAUUUUUCCACUUGGACCGUAUUAUACAUAUAUAUAUUUAAAAAUAAAAAACUAAAAUCAACUACAUCCGUCAUCUAGGAUGCGAAAUCAUGCAGAACGAGACCCAGAAACCGAAACCAGCCCACUGGAGUGGACGGAGAAAUAAAAUCGUGAAAAAGCACGUCAAUCUACUAUAAAUGGCAAAUGCCCGGAAUAGAAAUAGGCCAAAAAAACCGUCCAAGCAAAGCUAAGUAAAAGCAGCAAAAACCGAAAUUUAAUUUUAUUCGGAAUUCCCGUAUAGUAAAUCGUCGGUUAAAGAUAUCAGUGUAUAAAAGAAUACACUCACCCUGUAUAUACCUUACAAAUAUUAUAUAUUAUUAUAUACUUAUGCGCAAUCGACAGGAGUCAAAAUGCGUGGGACUACCGGUUGCAUUUUAGUUUUCCAAUCGCAUCGCGUUUGUUUGUCGGCCCGUGUGUGUCAUUGGGUAUACUCGAUAUUAUUUUUUUUAUAAAAAAUAAUAAAUGCACAUUAUGUGAUUGCCGUGUCGGUAAACAAUUACAUUAUCACGAGCCCGUUCUACCCGCGGAGGAGCGUAUAAUUCGAUGAUACCGGCGUGUUUUUUUUUCUGCGUUGCGUAAUUUUCGUUUUCGGUUUUUUUUUUUUUUUUUAAUUUACUGAUGUGGGCGCCCUCUCAAUUAUUAUUAUUAUUAUUUUUUUUUUUUUUGUCAAAAGGGGACAUUUAUCGCGUAGAUACCUAACCUAUAUAUUAUUCCAGGUCAUCGCGCGGUAGGUAACUACUUCAUAUUAAAAAUUAGUAAUAUGACGUGUCCGAUAUAAAUACAAUGUUAUUCGGUUUACAGCUUACACAGUGUGAUAUUAUUGUGAUGCGCAUUUAUAACGCGUAUUAUUCUGUUCUAUUGCGGCCUGCAUCGCAUAAUAAUCGCAUAUCCGCGAUACGGGUUUCGGCUUAAUGUACGGGUUUACGUUUUUUUUUUUUUUUAGGUCAAUCGCCAAUGUCGGACACGCGAUAAGAACGCCGCCACCGUUAUCACUAAUAAUAUAUCGAUAAUAAGUUGUUUUAUUUUUUCAAUAAAGAACUACCGUAAACCAUAUUACAAUAAAAUAAUUAAUAGUUAUAUUAUUACACGAUACGAGUCAUGUCGUUCAGAACGAGAGAGAGAGAGAGAAAACAAAUCGUUAGGACACUGAAUUUCACAUCCAUUCGCGCUCGGUCAAGUUUAAAAUCCACUCUACGGAGCUUUUAGCUUUUGACUAGUCAAAAGAAAGAACAAAUUAAUACACAUUUAUACUCCUUAUUUUUAUUUUCGUGUAGUUCUCCUGCUCUAUAUCCCUUUCCUUUCAGCGAUUUGUAUCUCUGAUGCCCGGGAUAUCGGCUGCCGUUAAUAUAUUUAGAAUAGUGAAAAGAAAUUAUUUUAUUAUUUAUAAAAUAUAAUAUAGAUUUUAAACACAAAAAUAAAUAAAUUAUGACACAAAUGUCUGCGUGCUGUACGAAAUCUCUUGUGAUUAUUGCGUUAAAACGUUUAUUUUAACAUUAUGUUAUUUCGUCUAAUAUUAUCGGCAAAACAUUUCUAUCGAUUAUAUUUUAAAAAACUGCCUUGAUUUUUACUAAUAACCGAGGUACGAUAAUAAUUUAUUAACCUUUAGCGACUCGCGCCUGUUCAGAGUAUAACCUAUUAACAAACGAAGCUUCAUUGACAACUUUUUACAUUCUUUUUACAAACUUUCACUAUGAUAUGGUUUUUUUUUUGUAUCUGUAAUCUAUUUUUCUACCAAAAUCUUAUUCCAAUGAAAAAAUAAUUAGAGACUUUUUUUGUUGUAUUUUGGCGAAUAAGUACACCAUUUUUUGAUUUUCGUAGUAGUUUUUAUAAAAAUUGUGAAAAACCGGAAAAAGACGUAAAAUAAAACCGACAAGGAAAAUAAAGGUUUUAUCAUUAUCAAUUUUGUUUUUUGCUAUUAUUCGGAUAAAAAUAACCGUAAAGACCUGAUAUUUUCACAGAUUACUUAUAUUGACAUUUUCUAGGCAUGGUUAAAUUUUCAAAAUAUUCUGGCAUUUUUCAGUUAUUAAUAUGUAUUGACAUUUUAAAGAUUUUUCAAGUUUGAUUUGGUAGGUAAUAAUAUAUAUAUAUAUAAAAUUGUUCGACCAAACAGAAAUGAUUGAAUAUUUAACACGAGGUUCAUUAUAAGUUGUUUUAAGUAAUCGAAUAUCAAGUUUAAUGCAGUAAUAUAGUAAAUGUUUGUAUAAGAAUUUCGACGAAAAUCGUAAAAAUUACAUUUCAAAACAAGCAUAACCAAACUUCGCUCAAAAUCUUAUUCACUAGCAAUGGUUUAUUGUUGAUUAUAGAUAUAAAUUAAACAACUUCAUGUAUCCUAUACUUUCCUGACUUCCCACUGGUUGUAUCAGCUCUUUUCUUUGUUCUUUAACGUUAAAAGCCCUACAGUGUGAAUCCCUCUUUUUAUUUAUUCGUUAAUCUCAAACAUUAUCGGAAAUUUGAUUCUGACCUAACGAACCCGGUGACUGGUAGACAUGUCGAUAACUCCACCACCGUCGCUACUCUGAUCAAAUGCCGUCGGUGUGUAUAUAUAAACUUAUAUACGUACAUCCAGUUUAAUAAUAUUAUAAAUUUCACUAAUCAGCGUACUAUUGUUCUUAAAUAAUAUUAUAUUAUUAUGCAGUGGCUUGCGGAAAAUUGUUCAGAUUCUAGAUAAACUAUAUAACUAACUUGAUCGACCACUUCCCGUUUAAAGUUUUUAGCUUAAAUUCUAUGUAAUUUAGUAGAAAAUGAAACCAAAUUAUAAUCAUUAAAUCAUUAUACUUAAUAUUUAUUGUAAUCUGUAAUAUUUUUUUCAGGCUGUCUUCAAUAAACGUUAAAACCGAUGAUGGUUCAAAAUAAUUUUUAACUUCAUUGCAGUUGUAUUGAAAAAAAAAAAACCAUGUCUUUUACACGGUGUUAAUUUUUCUGUAAUGCUCAUUCAUUAUCCCGGAGUAUAUAUCAUUAAGUUUUAUUAAAACUAAAAAUAAACGCUUUUUUAAAAUUUUACUUUGGUCCCACUUUUAAUAAUUUUAAUUUUGUUAUGAAACCUCUGCCAACUUUUUAUGUCAAUUCCCCUGAUUAAAUCGUCGGGUAUAUCUUAAAAAAAGAAAUUGUCUAAAAAGUAAACACUUCACGGGAUAACGGGUGUUUUACGGAAAAUCGAUCACCCUGUAUAGAGUACACACUAGCUCUAAAUUUUCUCCCGGAUAGUUCCCUCGAAAAACACCGUUUGUCACGUCACUGAUACGUAUGCACAAACUGUUAUUGUUAUUGUAUUGCGUAGGUACGUGCUUUUAAUUUUCCAAUCUGUACGUGAUGUCGAUUGUCGAUAUAUUAGUUUUGAGAAAACGUUAUUACUUUUUAAACGCACGUACACCUAAAAUAUCAUAUUAUAUUUUUCGGAAAACAAAUCAACUGUUUAUAUAUAACGUUUUUUUUUUUUUUUUUUUUAUUUUACUUUAUUUUUAUACUUGCAUCUCGUCCCGGACGUAUAUUAUCCUUCAUUCCGCAUGAAAAUAUCCGCUCGUUUGCAUAAUGUACGCCCACACGCGACAGUCGUUUUAAGGUUCGUAAAUAUAUUAUUUUUGUUAUUUUGGGCAAUAAAACGCAUUUCGCCCGGCGGCGCGGCGUAUUUACACUCGUGUAUUUAUAUGAUUAUAGACUUAAUAUUAUUUAUAUAACGUCAAAAGUUACACGACUUUAUGAUGAAUUCUUCCCGCUAUGAAUUCGUACUCGUGUUUGUUUUAAUUAAUGUUUUUGCGUCACUCGGGAUACCUAGUCGUAUAGUACAAGUUUUGGCUGUCAUAUAUUAUUAUUAUCUUUUCCUUGCCACGCAAUAAUUUUUGGAAAGUAUAUAGGUAGCUCUGUUGAUGCGUUUUUCAUUAUUUGUUCGCCGUGUGUUAUUAUAUAUUAAUAGAAUUUCUACACGGCUGUUUUAGUCCGCAGACAAUGUUAAUCAUAUUUUUUUUCUUCUACGGCACGAUUGGACGUUUAUCAUAGAAAUUUGUUUACGCGUACAUCUGUACAGAAAUUAACCGCAAUAAUGAAAUAUUAACUCUAAUAUUUAAUAAUAAUUGUUUUCAUUUAAAUUAUUAUUUCACUGCUUUACGUCAUUUUAAGUCUUACUAAAACGUGUUUUUUUUCGCCCGGCGGUACUAUUUGUUUAAACGAUUUUUCUAGAUUACUUUCUAGGUCAGUAUUAUCUAGUCUAGUAUUACUCUAGUCCCAUUUAAGGUUAUUUACUUCAAAAUACUUUAUUCAAAAAAAUUGAUUUUUAAUUUUUAUGAAAACACGCUGUGGAAAAUAUGUAUAUAAUUGUGCUCGUAUACAAUAAUUAUAAUCGUUGUACAUUUUCUACUAAGCCUCUACUACUAUAAGCUCUACCAAAUCACUAAAUUUACCAUUUUAAAGCAUACUAUAAGUUUUAAGAUUCAAUUUAAUAUUUAAUUAUUAGUAUAAUAGACGUAUAGACUACUUCAACAAUUGAGUUUAUCAAAAUUAUUAUUACAACAUUAUAUUGAUACUUUUUAUAUUCAUGUUUCAUAUUCUGCAGAAUCGACCAUAUUCUCAGAAAAUUACUAGAUUUAAAAAUAUACUGCCAAGUAUCCAUAUCGUGGAAAAAAAAUCCAGUUUAGAAUUUUAGAUUUCUUUUAAUAUUGCAUUAUGACUCAAAAAAACAGCUUAAAUAUGAACUUAAAGUUUUUUUAACUUAUUACCCACGUGCAGUGGUAAUAAAUACGGUUGAUUUUAGUUUUUUUUUUUUUUAAGAUAUACUUAUAGGUGAGUUCUCAAUAUGGAAAUAAUUAAAUAUUAGUACUCAUUUACUUCUUAGUAUGAAUAGAUUGAACAUAUUUUCAGUAUUAUUCAAAUUUAAAUGCCGUUAUUGAGCUAAGGGUAGUUUUCAGUCAAUUUAAGAAUUGGUCGGUUUAAACCACUCAGAAGGAGUGUCUUUUGGUAUUUUAAAAUAGUUAUUAGUUAUAAUAACAUUAAAUCAUGUGUUAUAUAACUUCAGUCAAUUUUAAGAUUAAGAUUAAGAGUAUAUGUUAUUAAAUCAUUAACAAAUGGUUGUUUGAGUGCUAAAAUAACUCCACUGGAUGUUAAAAGUAAUGCGCAUUGCUUUAAUUUUGUGAUAUACAAUGUUGAAUCGAGAUUCUAAGAUUAAGUUAUCUAGUAUGUAUUUUUGAAACUAAUUUGGUAUCAAUCGAUUAACUGGCAAAGUAUUAACAUCAAAAAUAGUUUUUUUUUUAUUGUUAAUCAUUAGUUAAAAACUUUUAGUGUUUUUUGACAAAUAUAAUAUUCACAGUUAAAAAAUGUUUGUUUAUAAUUAUUAUUGUUAGAAUUAUUAAAUUAAUUAAAUUAAUUAUUAUGUAUCGGUUAUUAAUAUAUUGUACAAGAGUAUAUAUUAUUAAACGUGUAUUAUAUACAGAAAAUCAGACAUCAUACAAAAUUUAAAAAUCAACAUUCUAAUCUUUAAUAUUCGAUUUGAAAUCCAUGUUUAAAUUAAUUCAAUCUCAUAAAAAGUUAAUAUAACAAUUUAUUGUUUCAGAUAAAACUCAAGUAAACUUAAAAUCGCAUUAAAUAAAUACUUAUUUUAAUUUUCGUUUUGGAUUCACAUCGAUUUUAUUAAAACAUCUAGCAUGCUAAUGCAGUUAAUCUAACUGAAUACACCACUGAAGUUGAAUAUGUACAUAUAAAACUAAAUUGUAAUAUUCUCAAUUUAACUGAUAAACUUCUAUGUGUACAAAAAUGUUGCGGGUGGAAAUGAGUGUAAUAUAAUAUCGAGAGCUCUAUCGAUUAGAAAUAAUUAAAAUCACGAUUAAUAACGUUGGUGAUUUUUACUAAUUUUUCAUUUUAUGAUAAACGACGAGCUUUUUUUUUUUGGUCGGACAACCGUGGUCUUGCAAAAAAUGUCGACAAAACGGUAUUUCCGUCCCAAAUAAAAAAAUCCGUCCGAAGCAUUUAUAGUUUGAUAAAUGUCACCGCAUUUGACAUUCCAUACAGGCGAACCUUUGAAAAAAUACGCGUCCGAUCGACUGCACAUCAUCAAUGCCAUGGCAGCAUAACAUUAUUCCUAUUUUUUUUUUUUAUACUAUCGUCGUUUUGACACUCGUCUUCUUCUUCUUCGGUAUUCUUGUUUAAUAAAUUGGGGUACGUCACCGUUACUGAAUUAUUGAUAUUAAAUUCCUCUCGAUGCAGACCCGUCCUGAAAAAAAAAAAAAAUGUCUUUUUUAUCAACGUAGUCGGUCGUCGUCGUUAAUAUUAUUCUUAACCGACUUUAUAUACGUUAAAUCCCGCGGAAAAUCUUUUCGCUUUUCUCUCCCGUCGCGGGAUUUCGGGGCGUUCUUUUAAUCCGACCGUCGCUUGCGGAUCGGCACGUGAACGUUUUCUCCCGUAUAUUAUUAUUAUAUCCAACUGACUAUAUACACAGAGUGAUUUUUUUACCAUCUCGAACUGGCGAUAUUCUCAGGGGAGGGGGGGAUUUUAAGCAAAUUUGAUUAUAGUUUUAUUUACGUUAUAAUUGUUGCGGAGUCGUUAUUAUCGUUAAGCACUGUUUUAAGAAAUUAGUAGGAAGAAAUGAUUUGGAAACAUUUCCUCUUACCUAUUUGGAACUAUACAUGUGAACAGGCAACUAUUUUAAUAUAAUUCAUUAUGUAAUGUUGCUGUUUGAAAAUCCGAAGUUUAUACGCGGUAAGGUGUAAAGGAUACAAAUAUGAAACAUCCUGUGUCUAAAGACUGCGGAAAAUAAUCCGAAAUAAAGUUCACACACACAUAAUCGUGUGUAUACGUAUUAAUUAAAACCGCCGGUUCGUGAUGAAAUAAGAAUCACCCUGUAUAUGUAUACGACCUCCUAAGACGGUGCGUGGAUAUGACGUGACUAUAUACACGAGAAUUGUGUCGAAAAUCUACGGGUGGAGGGUGGAAGAGACGGGGGAGGUGCGUACGCGUAGUAAUACACAUAUAAGACGACUCGGACAGAAUCAUUUAAGACGACAGUUGCAAAAACGAGCUGAUUAACGACGCGCAGAAUAGCCGGAAAUUAUAUUACUUUGUAUGUUGUGUUUGAUGAUGAGUUUUCUGCCCCCGAAAUCGGCGGUGUUACGUCCGAGAUUACUGCAGUUUUAGCGGCUUAACCGCGGGCGGUUGUGACUGCACUAUAUUAUAAAAACACUAGAGCAGUUUCGGCUCGCAAAACUUUCCGGCUGCCUUAUCAUUUUAUUUGUAGCCGCGAAGUAUCAAAACUAAAAUUGUUUUUUUUUUUUUAAACUGUAUAUAUUAUACAAUAAUAAUACGCGCGUGGACCCGCGAUGAUAUUUUUAUCGCGAUUGUAGAUAACAGUAAUAAUGUUUUGAUAAAUUAUACGUAGGUAUUUUAUUUAUAAGCAUGGUUCUGGGGACGUACUUAUACAUAUACGUAACCCAUUUGCUUAUUUUUUUUUUCCGGCAUGUCAUUAAACUCAGCAGAGUGAUUCUUAAAUUUACGUUGUACCACAAUGAGUUUAAAUAUGAAAUUUGAAAAUGGUUUUUUAGCUUAUUUCGAAAAAGUUUAGUUAAAAAAAGCCAGUUUUUUUUUCGAUUUUUUAUUUUGCACAUUUUUCUACUUUGCGAUUACGUAAGCUACUGAUAAAACCCAGAUUUCUCCAUCUCCCUAUGAUUUUUACAUAAUUCCGCCUUUGUUUUCUAUUAUCCAACUGUUACUUUCUUGUUUGUAUACUUUAUCAAUACUCUUUGUGACGGCCGUCUGUGGGCACGGAGCAAUAAAAUUCCGCGAUCGUAGUUUAUAAAAAAAAAAUUGAAGUUCACAUAUAUGAUAUGAAAGGGUUUUUCGCUUAUUUUAAAAAUACAAUGCUUCAUACUGGUUUUGGUUUGCUUUUUAAAUUACCAAGUGAUUAUUUCAGGGCUAUAAUAUAGUAUUUUAAACAUUUGUUUUGUUAAUUUCAAAUGUUAUAAGUCCCGAACUCUGUUUAUAAGAUAUCGCGAUUGGGCGCCACAACAAAUAGGUAACGUAUGAAAAUAUUGCCAAACGAUUGGAUUUUUUAAUUUAUUUUUAUUACAAUAUUUUCGUACUUAUAUUAUACAGGUAUAGAUUAUUGCGAAUAUAAUAAUACGGUCGAUAGGCACUAUAUUAACUGAUUAAUCCACGCGCCUUGUACCUAUACAUUUAUGUAUAUUAUGUUUUAAUAUUCGUUUGAUUAUUUGAAAAAAAAUUGCUACUUUCACAAAUUAAAAAAAAAAAAAAUAUAUAUUAUUUUUCAUCAUAAAAAAUAAUUGCUUAAACUAUUCGUUACGUAUACGUAUAUUAUGAAUUGCAGCUAUAAAAUCAUAAUAAUACAAUUAUUAAUGUACACCCGUCGGUCGUGUUUAGUGGUAGAAACGCUGGGUACAUAAAUAUUUGUGCGUAUUUGAGCCAAAAUUUAUUAUGUUUGCGCAUUAUAUAAAUUAUUAUAACUUGAACGAUUUCAUAUCUACUUAUUACAAAAUUAAUACGAAAAUAUACUAUACUCCACCUCCUUAUCCGUUGAAUUUUGUUCGUUCAUGUUAAUAAAUACUUUUAGUUAAUAAAUAACAACGAAAUUAUUAUGUUUUCAAACUAUACACACUUUUCUCAGCAUUGUAUUUAAAAUGGUUACAGUGAUUUUGAUUUUACAUAGAAACGUUAUUUAGUUUAACUUUUCUAAGUAUACAAAUAAAACUCCGCUGAAAUUAAUUGAUUUAGUUUUUGUUCGGUGAUUUAUUAAUUUAUUUUAGAUUAUGAGUGUAGCGAAAAAGCGUUUAGAGUUUUACUUAAAUGCGUUUGUCUUUUUCUUAAUUACACAAUGUCGAUAUAUCGGUUUUAUUUUUGUUGAUUUAUGAAUUACCUCGACUACAAAAGUAAUUAUACUGUAAUCUUAAACCGUUAAACCCAGCUCCGAGCAUAAUGGUUUUUUAUUAUAAUAAUUUAUUGUUACUUUUAUUAUACAAAUUAAAUUAACCCUAUAAACAGUGCUUGAUUCGGGGGGGGGGGACGCGGGGCGACUGAGUACUUCAACUGUUUUUUUAGAUAUUCAAGCGUAUCCCUAUUUCUUUUUUAAAAUGGACCACAUAGGCCGGGUUGUUAUUUAAGCUUACUUAUUUUUAUAAAAUUGCUCAACUUAAGGUUUUGUUUUAAAAAUAUGAAUCUUAGGUAUAUUUAUCUUGAUAUACUAUGUAUAUCUAUGGCACCAUUUAAGAUAAUAUGGUUGCCCUCCGAACAGUGAUAAUCUGAACUACAGAUCCGAUCUAUAAAUCCAAUACAAAUUUUCGAUUUAUUGUUAGUGCUCCAAGCGGAUAAAUAUUCAAUCAUUAGCAGUAAGUAUUUUUAUUACUGAGGAACAUUGUAUUCAUACCAAGUUAAUCGAUUUUAUUAUUUUAAAUCGUAGUGACAAUAUUAAAAAAAUGCUGUAAAAAGGGAUUACUAGAAUGCUAGUAGUAGACUGAAACAGCUGAUUUCUGGAUUAAAUUCUGUGGUCACAAAAUUAAUACAUUAUCACUCAUGGACUGGGCAACCAUAUUAUCUUAAUUCGUGAUCUGUGGUAAUCAUUGAACUAUUAUAGUAUUAUCAUUGAACAAAAUGCUAUUGUCUCAUUUGUUACAUGUUCAAUGAAUGUGUUUAAUGUGCUUAUUAUAACAAUUUGCCGUGUCCUUUAUCAAAUGUUGAGUUCUAACAUGUAUGAUGAUGCUAGUUAAUUUUUUUGUUAGAUAGUAAUCAGUACUCAGUAGAUUUUAUUCUUUAAUAAUUAGUUUGUCGUAAUUAACGAUUCUACGAUGAGUGAAAAUAAACAAAAAGACUGCAGGAAUUUUAAAAUGUCAUAUUUCAUAAAAAAUAAUAAAACAAACAACGAUGUUGAUUAAUUUUGGUUUUCAAGAAGACAAGUUAUGCCUAAAUAAUUAUUAUAUUAUUCUGUUUUAUUAUAGUACGUGUUUAAUGAAUUAAUGUUAUUGCUGCUUAGAGGACCUUAAAAAGGGGUGUGGGGGCAAAACUCCCCGAGGUAAUGUGAAGGAUAUUAAAAUACUUGGGAUGUUACUUUUUUAAAAAUAGCUUUAGAGUAUCUAACUACAAGAGUGACAAAUUAGUGUAUACGAAGUUUCUCCAGCUUUUUAUUUAUUAGUUUUUAAUUUAGAGAAUAAUAUUUCAAAUCUGCACUGGUUAUACACAUCAGUGUAUUAAAUUUGAACAGUGAAACAAAUAUUGUAAACGACGUUAAUUUAUUAUUUUACCAUAACUGUUAAAUUAUUCAUUUUAAGUUCAUUUAAAACAAUAUUAUAUUGUGUUUGUACCUAUUUUGAUUAUAAUUUAUGUAGUGGUAGUAAAUCAACAAGAUGUAUAUUUUAAACAAUACUCUAAUCUCAACCGUGAAAUUAUUAUUGAUAUUGUACUAAUCCGAUAUAUAUUUGAAUGAAUUGGAUUGACCUUGUCUCAAUUCAGUAUCCGAGUAUAACAUUUUAAAAACUGUAUAAUCGAAUUAUUCGGAGGAUAAAAUAAUAAUACAAACUUCGGACGAUUCCAAAAGCUUAUUAUAUCGAUAAAAAUGAACCAUUUCAAUAAAUUAAAUUAAAAAGGACAGUUUUUCUAAAUGGAGUUCCAGAGUUUCUCUCUUGUCUAUAUUAUAUAGUGAUGAGAGACAGGUUUAAUGUGUUUUUCCUUAAAAGGAAAUAAUAUUUUAAAUACAAGAAUACGUGUGGUUUUUUGUGUGAUACUAAAAUCGUAUAGACCGGACAUUUUCACCGAACACUAUACUAUACUCGCAUUUUUACAGUGUAAUUUCCAAAAUAUUCUUGCAUUAUAUAAAUUAUUAAUCUAUCUGCGAUAGUCAGGGACAUGGGCUGAGAGGACCGCAGCCCAGGGGCUCCCAAGGAUUGUUUAACGGUAAAUAACCGGAUUACUUACCAGAUUCGAUUGUUUUCGUAUAGUUUAUUUUAAAGUAAAAUUAAACACCUGUAUGGUAAGUAUAAAAUAGAAAACGUUAUUUUUUAAUAAGCAAAAACUGUACUGUCCCGAGUAAGGGUUUAUUUGUUCGUGGCGAAUCGGGGCACCCAAAAUAUAUUUCUUAACGGGCACUGGACGAACCGAAAAAAAAUCGUCAACAUUUUGCACAAUACGCCGUUAUAUUUUAUUUGGGAUUUUUUUCAGUAUAUCAUAUUAUUUUUACGUACGAAUUCGACUCGAGAAUAUUGUUUUCCUUUCGAGCCAUUAAUAUUAAUAUCGCAAUAUAUAUAUUAUAAUGGUAAAUGCACGUGGACGAUGACGUAUUAUUUUGAACGCGCGUUUCAUAAUGUAUCGCAUUAUUAUAUACGCGCUGCGUGUAGUAUCAUCCAUCAGUUAUAUUAACGACGCGGAACGGAUUUUUGCCAAAUUGCAGGUUUGUCGGCGGCUGAAUACGUCAACGUCGACGGGUCAUGUUUUGGCCGACCGUGCUGGCGCUGUUGCAGUUGGCCGCGGACGGACGGACGGACGAAUUCGUUCUCGGCUACUUGACCGGCUCGAGGAGGCGGCCGGGCGAUAUCAGUUACCCGAAACCCGGUAUCAUGAUCAGCGGCGCCAUAUCGUUGGCCGUCGAAGAGAUAAACGCCGGACCGUUUGGCGACAAAGGUACGUAUGACAAAGACAAUAUCGACGGUGUUUCGGUUAAUGGGCUUCUAUUAAAUUUCACUUUUUUCAGGAACAGUUUUCAAUGAUGUUUAUCACGGAAAACAAUAAAAUUACUCGUACACAUAAUACCACGCACACAUAGUAUACAUGCAUUGAAUGUGGUACAUAUGCCCUUUUAAAAAAAUCGGUGUUGAUUUAAUUAUACUUUAAAAAGGCGUCUGGUCAUAUUCUAGUCGACAUUACCAACUUAAUUUUCUGUGUUUAAAUACGCCCUUUUAACAGUUUGUGCUCAAACAUUUUUUGAUUUUUUUUAAAUGUUUUUAGUGAUAUUUUAGUAUUUUAUAAAAAAAACCAUCGGUAAAUUAUAAUUGUAGAUAUUCGAACGCGAACAUCGAAAAAACUACAUUGGUUAACAAAAGUAUCUACGUUCAUUUUACAGUCAUAGGCGCGCCUGUUCCACCAACUUUGGUGGUGCUAAAUUUAUGGACACAUCAAAAACCUAUUGGAGCAAUGCUUCCACAAUCCUCUUUAAACGACUAUUAAAAUAGUCAACUACACCUUUCAUUCACAAUUUUGUGUUUACAAAUUUAUUAUAACUAUUUUAAGAUAAUUUUUCAUAUACAUGCAUGGUUUGUAGGAAACCUGUAUUUCGUUCUGCUAUUAUAAAAUGCAAUAUGGUUAAAAUAUUUAGUCGUCACUAUAGAAAAGUUGAAGGAGUUUUUUUUUUUGGGGGGGGGUUGCUAAUUUUAAACUUUGAGUAUUAAAGACCCCUUAACACCCUUUCCCCUAGUGGCGACUAUUGUUACCAUUUCAUCGCCCUAUUCCACUCCUCCUUUAAAAAAAAAAAAAAACACCUAAAAGUAAUAUUUAUAGUUUAAACGGUUUUCGGUGAAAAUCUAUCAAUUUAAUUAUACAAUUGAUAUUGUUUUACGAUUUUAAAGGUCUUAUUUCACUAAGCAAGUGGCCCGGCCUACCGCUUCAUAUUAUUUCAACGUAUAAGUUUUUAGACCGAAAAUGAGGUGGUUAGAGGCGAUUGAGAACGGUUUGAGGACAUCCAGUGUUUGUGAGGAGGGGUGAAGUGGAAGUUUCGGACGAAGGUCAAGGGGACCGAUCUCAAAUAGUUGAAAGUCGAGAAAGAAGAAGUAUAAGAAAAUAUAGAGAAAUAAUAUUUAUUAUUUAUUUAGUUUUUUAAAAUGUUUUAUUUCUUACCAAUUUGUUUAACGUGAUAGUAUAGAUACGGUUAAUUUUAAAAGUGACAUUUAUAUUGUCAACAACUCUAGUCAAAAAUAUCAGUCACCGUCACCGCAAUAUUUUAUAUUGUUUUUUCUUUCUUUUUAACGGGACGUGUAGUGCCAUGGUCCGGAUCCGAUUCGUGGAAAAUAACGUCAUAACAUUUUGUUUUCCUCUCGAGAUUUUAAUAUUUCUAAAAAUAAUAAAACAUUUUUCUUGUUAUAUUUGUGCUUUAUUAAUAUAUACAUAUUAUAUAUUAUUUACGAAAAAAAAGGAAAAAUACUGUAAACUGUAAAUUAUACGCUGACAGAAUUAUUGAUAUAGGUAUGAAAGUAAAUUAUCAACACUUUCUGAAAAAUUUUUUUUUUCGUUUAAUAAAAGUACUCCUAUUUUUUCACGCAGUUCCUCGAAAGAAGCAGAUUUUUCGCCCGGUAGUACUUUAUUUGAACUUUUGAUAUUUCCAACGGCUUACCACAGUUUUUGUACUUAAAAGCACCAAUUUUAAAAUAUGUACUUAUAACCAUUCAAUUUAGGAGUGGCUUGCGGGUUCGUAUGCGUGAAAAAUAAUCGUGUUGUUUUUGUUAUUGUUAUUGGCAAUUUUCAAUAGCCAUACAGGUAACCAAUGAACUGCACUCAUUUGCCGCAAUGAUUUACCUGUUGUGUUUAUACAGUUUAAUAUUUAAAUUUUAUUUAAGAUGACAAGGCUGGGCAAGUUAAUAAUUUUUUUCAAUUCAGUAAAGUUAAGUUAAAUUUAUUAAAGAUAAUUCAAAAUUCUCUAUCAAUUCAACUAAGUUAGAAGUUAGCCAAAAGUUAAAAUUAACUUUUUAAUUCGAGUUAAGUUAACUAAAAAAAAAAAAAAAAUAAUAGCAAUAAAAAAUAACAGGUAUUCGUAACAAUUCGUAUUUUAAAAUGUUCAUAAUAAUAUUCAUUCAUACGAGCAUCCAAAUAAAAAUUGAAAUCAACACUUAACUUGUGUAAAUAUAAAAUUGAUUCUAGUUAAUUAAAAGUUAAUAAUUUUGUGUUCUUCAUGUUAACAAUUGAGUUAAUAGUUCAAAAAAAUUUAAUUUAUUAAGUUAAAAGAUUAAAUUAACUUAAAUGUUUAACUUAACUUUAAUAAACGUAAUACAAUAUUAUUCGUAUAGAACUCGCGUUAAAUAUCAGUAUAAACUCUGUACUAUAAUAUGUACACACUUAUAUUAUAAUGUAUCCAAAUAUUAAUAUUACCACGCGUUUUAAGUCAUUGCAGUACUGUUUUAUCAAUUCGAAAACUCUUGCGGAACUUUCUUUUUGAGCGUAAAUAAAGUUUUUGGUAAACUAUAUACCGUGUAUAUUAGUUCGGAAUAAAAGGCUUUGUUCCGGCUCGUAAAAUCGCGGAGAGACUCGAGUUUAACUGUACAUAAAAUAUCGCGUCUAUGUUAUAAUAUUAUUUCGAUAAAAAAAAAAAAUUACCCGUUUUGUAUUUAUAUACGACAACUAUCGAACGUCAGUAUUAUUACAAUACGAGAAAAAUGAUAAUGUAGAAUUUUUUGAUUUCAAUAGUGGAUUUUUUUUUCAAUUAAUAUAUAAAUUAUUACAUAUUUUAUUUAUAAUAAUUAUUUUAAAUAUUUUAUUUUGCUCAAGUCGAAAAUUCAUAAAUAUUCAUAAUUAACUCAUAAUAUAAAACGUAUACAUUUCACUACCUAUCCGUUAUAUUCUGUGUAUAUAUUUAUGCGUAUAAGUAUCUCGAUUAGUAUUGUCGUUUGAGUACAUUUUUUUAUUUUUUUAACACGGUUUUAAUAAUACUUAAUACAACGCGAAUAAUAAGACGUAUAAUUGUAAUACUGUUUCAAAUACAAAAUUAAAAUUAUUUCAUUGUGCUUGUAUAUAUUUUUUUAAGUAUCCAUGUGCCGCAUACUCCUUUUAACUACCAGUUGUAAAUUUUUCUUCUUUUCGUUUGUCGAAAUGAUUUUUCGGGUGGAAAUUUUAACAUCAUAAAUAAUAUAAUAAUGGAUUUUUUGUUAUUUUUUUUUUAAUGCAAAUUUUAAUUAGGUAAUUAUUUCGUACCAAUUAAUCGUGAAUAAAAAUAACGAAAACAAAUAAUAUAGACCAGCGUGCAGCGGUCGGAAGUGGCGAUGCCGCUGUAGCGUGCUACCUUUUUGUAGCUAUAUUACUAGUUGUGUACGGUUUCAUUUCGGCGUGUAGCGUACAAUAAGUUACUUAAAACGAUUUUUUUUGCUAAAAUAUAGUCAUGAAUUUAAUGAAAUAUUGUACAUUUCGUAGUUACAUUAUUACACAUCGUAGUCUAUUGUGGAAUCAAAUGUGUAACUAUUGUUUCUUUUAUAUGGUGUUGUAAAAAUUAAUAUUUAGGGAACUAAAUUUUAUAAGAUUGACAAAAAUAAAAAAUUAUCCCUUCUUCGAAAAAAAAUAACGCACUACUUUUUCGAAAAAAAAGCGAAUUUCAUCAUAAUGCCCUACACUUAUAAAAAAAGUAGCUAUGAAAGUACAUCUAAAUUACAUUGUAAGUGACAGUGAUUUCCAGUGCUAUAGACUAUAGUUUUGUAUUUUUAGCAACUGUGGGUUUACGAAGAUAUUUUCACGGUACAAACCUAUAAACGCUCCGAAAACUUUUUUUAUUUUAUAUUAUACGAUAUUUAAUAGUAUAAUUCGUGUAAGUUUCUGGUAACAUGUGUUGAUUGUUUUUAAAAGGGUCUGUAUAUUAUGAAAAUCACGUCCGUCCGGUUUAUUUCGUUUCGACUUAAAAAUCAUUACAGCCGUCGUCACUUUUACGCACUUUAUUUAUUUUUUUUUUUUUCAUAGGCCAUUCGUUGAGUUUUCUGGUAUCCGAAACGUACGGAGAAGAGUCAACCAGUAUUUUGGAGACGGCGGAACUAUGGAAGAAAAACAUUUCGGCUUUCAUCGGUCCUCAAGAAACGUGUUUGCACGAAGCUCGAAUGGCCGCCGCUUUCAACUUGCCGAUGAUUUCCUAUGUGAGUCAGUAUACAAUUAUUAUUAUUUUGUGUUCAUAGUGUACCGCGGUGUAUAGGUAGUGGAUUUUUUUUGUAAUAACCUUAUAUUUCAAAGGGUUAUUUUAUUUCACACAGUAGGAUAUUGUACAAUAAUUGUGACGAAAAAUUAUUAACACGCUUUGUUUGCUCUAUACAUUCGCGUCCUGCGGAUAUUUUCUUCUUUCGGAUGCGUAGUGUGCACUUAAUUAUUUUUAGGUUACACGAUAAACAGGAAAUUCGUUUGCAACUUUUCUUUACCCUUUAAAAUACGUGAAAAUCAAUCCGGGUAACUAUACAUUUAUUCGCCUCGUUUUACAUUUUUUUUUUUUUUUUUUUAUACUAACCUAUAUAAAUCGAGCGUUAUAGGGAAAAAAUUCAAUUACUUCAGUUAUUUGUUUCGUAUUACAAUUUUUUUCGCUUUCGUUUUAGAUUUUUUAUAUUAUAAGUAUAUAAUAUAUAGCAUUAAGCUUUUGAAAUGUCGAAAAAUGUUUUUAAUCUAAAAGUUUUUGAUACUACCAUACAAUAAUAUUAUGCAAAAUAAUAUAUCGUUCAAGUCGAAAUUUAUACGAUACGCUCCUUUAUAAUAUUAUCCUUUUUUUUUUUUAAUAAAUAUGCAUGUUGUAGAGGCAUUUAUUCAGAAAAACUAUAUAAAGAAAAUAAUAAACUAAAUUAUUUGGGCAAUCAUAUAAUAAAAAAAAGAGCUGAUACUGAGGAACGGUGUAGCCACUGUUGUAGGUUAGAAGUUGGGAAGCUAGAAUACUUGAAGUUAUUUCACUUAUAUCUGUGAGCAACGAUAAAUCAUUGCUAAAGAAAGACGAUUCCUAAUACUUCGAAAAUAAAAAAAGUUCACGUUUUACAAAUCAUUAUGGAUAUUUUUUCUAAUUUUUGCAGGUUUAUUUUGUUUCCUUUCGUAGUGUUUAUUAAUUAGUUGAUUAAUUAGUCUCUCAAGAUUACAGUCAUAAAAUCAUAUUGUUCUUUAAAAUUAAAAAUAUGAAUUUUCCGAAACUUUGUAUAGCGUAGGAAAUGUUUCAAAUUCAAUUAAAAAUAUAAGAUUUUUAAUUAUAUUAUUAUUUCGUAUUAAUUAGUAGGUUAACUUACAUAACAAAAAAAUAUGUAAUAUCCAUAUUGGUAUAAACAUAUUUAUGUAUCUGUCUCGACCUCGAAACCGGAAAAAAAAAACGUAAAAUGAAAACUGACAAAUUUACGGGGUUACGAUUUCAUUAUUUUACAUAUUUUACGGCUUAUGUUUUCUACACAAAAUAUUUCUCCAAUAGAAAAAUAACCAGAGACCAUUUUCGUCGAAUUUUUAAUCUAGUUGGUGAAACCAAGUGAGUAGUUUUUUGAUUUUCUUUGUAGUUCUUUUAAUAAUUGAACGAAAUCGAAAAAUACGUAGAAAUUACGGAAAAAUUUACGAAAAUAAUUCUGAAAUUAUUGAAUGAAAAUUAGUGAACCUAGUCUAGUGUUAGGGUAUUAAUGUAUUUUCAAAAUGUAUCAAGUUUUUAUAGAAAACUAUGUCUACAUAAUUGAUUCGUUCCCGGGAUCAUGUUUAAAAAAAUAUCUCAUUUUUAGCCAAUAUCGUAUUAUUAUGUCUUGAUAUCUCUGUUAGCAUAAAAUAAUAGUUUAAAUGAAAAACAUACACAAGCUAUGUUAGCCAUUAAAAAAAAAAAAAAAAAUUUAAUCGGUAAGAUUUGUGUAGACGAGUAAAUUGUAAUAAUAUUAUAUCGACGGAUAAUUAAACGGGGAAAUAAGAUUUUUACCGUUUUGAACAUUGCGUUUAAAAAAAAAUAAUUAUCCAAGUAUACACACAGAAUAUAUGAUUGUAUACGAUUCGGUGCCAAAAUUCCGUGUCUAUAUAGUUGCCCGGACCAAGUUCAUAGCAAUUAUCGCGAUGUCUGCAAUUGACGCGAAUACACCGUAUGCCGCGGCAUAUCCGUAUCAAAGAAAUAUCGCCCAUGGCCACCCGUUUUAUAGCCUAUUUUGGUAUAAACGCAUUUUGAGGGGUAUUUUCCGGUUAUACGUGAUGCUGCGUGUAGUAUAGGAUUAAAUUCGCACGUAUCCGCAUUUGUUAAUGAGAGUAUUGGAAUAUCAUUCGCCGUUUGUUUUUAAUGGGAAAUCAAUUCGUUUUUAUUUCACUCGCGCGGUUUAUAGGUAAGUUUGUACGCCAAUCGAAUAUAUAUAAAAAAAAAAAAAAAAUUAUAAACGCAGACGUUCAAUUACCUAUUAUUAUCAUAUAGUAAAUCCGUAAAUAUUGUAAACCGCGUAGCUUUCCAAUUAGUGGCCGCGGAAAUUUUCUGAUACUAAUGAAUAAUAAUGGAUUAAUUCAACUAUCUAUAUACAUAAUGAAAUGUAUCAAUUAAAAUAGUUGUUUUAAGUUUCUAUAUUACACUAUCCAUCAAUAAUAAUAUGCUGUGCAAAGUUAAACCGGGAAAAACGAUCCGCAAAGUUUAUAAGGGAAAACCGUCGAAAACAAAUAUUGGCGUUGAGCCGACCUUAUUAUAUUCGCAUGAAUAAAGUGUGGAUGAAAACCGUCUGGUCUGGUAAUUAAAACGGUUUUCGUGUAAUAGCUUUCGGUUUAUCACUCACAACAGUCCGGAUAAAGCGCGCAAUUCGUUAUUAACCCUGUCCGUACGUGCACCCUGUAUAAAUAAUUAGAAUUCAAAAUAAUCACCUCCCGAGGUAAACGUCACUCCAUAUCCAUAGCUGAUAGCAGACGAUUAAGAAAUGCCGUAAGCUUUAUUGUAUCGCAUUUGUGUGCGAUUACUAUAAAUACGAGUAUAUUGCAGCAGCUCAGUGUUGUGUCCCAGUUUUUAUUUUGGUUUAAGUCUGCGAAACAAUUCUACUCAGCGUAUCGUGCUGCUGAACGAUUAAAGCGCAAUAAAAACGAAUAUUGCGAGUAAACAAAAAAAAAAAAAGAAAAAAGAAAAUGCACCGCCGUUUACACUUAAAUUCGAUAGCUGACACGAGAUUUGGCUCAUUUACUCCGGAUUGUAGCUUAAUGGAAUGUUUACGAUUUGUUGGAUAUAAAAAUGCUCACGAGUUUAUGACGUGUAAAGAUUGUAAAUUAAGUUAUAGAAAAGAAAAAGAAAAUUCUUAUUAGAUGGGUUUUUUUUCUAAAUAUAAUCGUAUAGACCGUAAUAUCCGAUAGAAUUACCAGCUUCUAAACUAUUAAUCCAUCGGAGUUUCGUACAAAAUUCGUUGUGAACCGGGAGAAUACGAGAGUAUUAUAAUUAAUGUGACAGACGCGACAAACCGUAACAAUAAUAUUGUCCUGAACUGAAAAGUAUUCUGAAACCGUAUAUAGACUACUAUACUUUAACGAGUUGUUUUACUUUUGGUAUCGAAAACGUUAUUAUUUUCUAACGGAUUUAUGAUGAGUAUAGGUAAUAUUUUCAGUGUCGCAAGUUAUUAUAUUAUUUAUACGCAAAAACAAUUCUUAAACAUUCGAAACACCGAUUGUUCUCGUAAAAAUAAUUAUAAAUGUAUUCAAACGCGAUACAUUUUAUUUUAUUUUAUAAAAUAAAUAAAAUUUUAUUAUAUUAUAUUCAUUUUAUUUUGAUUGCGUUGAACGAUAAAACAAAACUAACGUGAUUUUUAUAAUCAAAUUGUAGUUGUCUUCGAUACAGGAUCUUUAAAAUUGUAUGACACAAUCAAUUUUAUGAAGAAAUAUAAAUUUUUUCAAAAAAUUGAUUACGAAUAACUUAUUGUAGAAUAUUAUAUUAUCUAAACUGUUAAAUUGUCCUUAUUUUGUUGAUUUUUAUUAGAUUCUUAUUCCGUUUUAUGUUUUCCUAUUAAUUCGUGCAAUGUUUACAACCUAUAUAUAAACGGGGUCACAGAAACCCCAUUCCCGACGAAAUAAAUUACAGCAUCCAAUUUUUUCCUAAAGUCACUCGGAGUAAAAUAAGUUUGAAUCGGUUUUCUCAGUAAUCACACAGAUUAUUAUUAUUAUUAUGUCUUGUCCACGGAAAUAAACCGUAACUGUACGCGGAUAUGUUUACAUUCGUCGUAUUUCGAUUCGAAUAUUUAUUUUCAAAACAUCGGAAUUUAUACGGUUUUUAGUUCAAAUGGUUUCAGAAAAAUGUGUACACCGUAUCAUAUUAUUAUAUUUUUGAAACAGAUAAACGAUAGUGAGGAAUUGAAUUUCUGUUUUGUAGCACUGCUUCGCGGUUUGCGUUCCCUAGAAGGUUGAAUUCACGCCGUCCGUGAUUUCAUGGGCACCCGGAGGGAGGAGCAAGACGGGGCAUCUGUACUCCCUGAAAUUUCAAAUACAAUUUUUAUAAUUAGUUAAUAUAAUUUUAUUUCAAGUACUUUUUAGCGUUUGAUUUUAUUAUGCCCCUCCCUGAUAAAUUUUCUGCGAGAGGCCAUGCGUUAUUUUGUCAUUAGUCCAGAAAAACGCGUUGAUCAAUUUCGAUUUUUGUGUUCGAAAACGUUUUUGAUUAAAUCCGUACUAUUCGUUUUUACCGCCGGUUGGUUAGGUUAGGUAAUAGAUACAAAACACACGAUGGAGUAGAUAAAGAAAAUACUUCUAUAUACAAACAUACUGAAAAAAAAAUCUGUGAUCAGCAUAGCUCCAUCAUUAUUGAGUCGAAUUUCCUUUGGUUACAAUAUAUCUUAUUCAUUUUUAUAUCAUAUUGAUUUGAUAUAAUAUGGAUACCUGCAGAAUUGUAUUACAUUUCAGUCUGAAAGGGUGUUUGAUACAUCCAUUAUUACUCGUGAAAAUAUGAAAUUUGAGCAUAUAAAAUGUUGGGGAGGGGUUGAAAGGCGAAAACCCAAAAGACACAUCCCCGAUACUUACAAGGUUACAUUCUUCAGACUACAUUUGGAGAAUCUAUAGUGGCGUUCAAAGCCGAAAAAAACCGCCCUUCUCCCGAAACGACAGGACGAAAUUCAUAUUGGAAUUCAACUAGAAUUUUAUCGCGAGUAGACGUUUAUAAAAAACUAUAAUUCCCGAGAUUGAGCUCAUUCGGUCAAUAGGGAGCCGUUAAAAACGUCCGAAAAUAGCGGGGGGGGGGGAAUCUAAUGUACAGCCCGCACGGUUUUUAUUUCCAGGGGAAAUUGGACAAAAACAGCAGCCCGUUGACCGAAUCGCCAAACUGUAAUAUUGUAUUAAUAACACAGUAACGUCGAAAAGAUUGUGCUGUUGUCGUUGUUGUUGUUAAUCUUUGUUAAACAACUGGUAAUAUACAACUUUCGCGGUGUUUGGCGCGCAUGUGUCUAAUUGGAACGGUUGGCAUCACUUUGAUCGUCAAACUUAACGAGCGGUCCGCAACGUGUUUCGCGAUGGAAAGUGGUUUUUUUUUUUUUUAAGAACCGAACGAACGCGAAAUACGUUAUAAUAAAUGUACGUACGUGUAUAAUAAUAAUACAGAGUAUACAGUGGCGUAUAAAAGUAAAACACACAUAAUGUGACGUAUAGACGCGAUGAGAGUUAUCAUUGCGAGUGCAAGUGCGUCGACUGCGGUGGCGAUCGUGGACCGGAGUCUAUUUUUAAUAUUCACGCACGAAUAUUAUAUAAUAAUAAUAAUAAUAAUAAUAAUAAUAAUAAUAUGCGGCGAGUUUGAAAACUCCACUCGCCACAGCGCGUAUACGGAGAGGAUUAUUAUUAUUGUUUUUAUUUAUACAGGAAGAUUAUUUUCCAUCGUCAAUGCGAGUCACGUUUAAAACUGAGGUCGGACAUGAGAAGGUCUCAAAACAAACUAGGAUAUUAAUUUUUUUCUCCUACAUCCGAUUUCUUUAGUUUUUAUUUUUUUUUUUUGUCUUCAACACCAACCAUCCAAACACAUCACAAUCCAUUAAUCACGACCCCGUGCCAGAUCUUGCCGAUCUAUAUCUGCGCGAGUAUAUUUUUCCCAUAUAUUUCCUUACGCGCAGUCUUCGCAAAGAAGGGUUUUUUUCCCCCAUUAGUCAUAGAAGACUCUUAGUUUUGCGCGACUGAAUUUCUUUCGACUAUUUGAGGGUCACGGAAUGAACUAACCUAACCAGUAACCGUACGAAAUCAUCCUGAAUGCGUUUCUUUUUUUUUCCAAAAAUCCUUAUAAUCUUUUAGCUCUUCAGUUUUCAUAUCCGAUACGAGCGGUUGUAAAAUAUUUUCGUUUUGAAUCCCGCUUUACGUAAACUGGGAUUCAAAAAGAGAAAUCGCAUUGAUUGAAAUCCAACGAGUAUAGUUGAUAAUUGUUAUUACGAGCGACAAAAUAUACGUAGGUACGGAUAAAAUAUUGAAAAUGUCUCAACGUAUUUAUGAGUACGUGAUUUUUAAUGAUUUUUAAAGAACCGCAAUAGUUAAGAUAGUAAAAAAAAAAACAUUUCAUAGUACAAAAAACGACUAAUAUAAUAUUUUACUAAGCGAUUUUAUCGGGAAAGGGUAUAGGCACUAAACAUAUAAUAAUGAUACGCUUAAAUUUCGAUACGUUAUCCAAUAAGAACCACAGAUUGCACGUUAAGGAGCCGCAGGUUGCCGACCCCUGUUCCAGUAUAACGCGAGAAUAAAUCCGGAAUUUCCGUUCAGACGUCUAUAUUAUCAUGUAGUAUAUAGGUGUAGGUAUUGUUCGAGAUAUAGAAUCACCCUGUAUAUACACAUCUUUUUUUUUUUUUUGCGUUUGUUAAUGAUCCAAACACCGCCUACGGGGCUAAUAUACGAACGGACGAUAUAAUAACGACGGCGACGACGGCGACGACGACGAUGAUAAUAGUAUUAAAAAAUACGUCAUCGUGUGCAGGUCUUCGUUGAUGCCGCGACGUGACUCGACACGAAACGUGCGUGGCACCGGCGAUCGGAUAAGAUAUUAUUGUUGUUGUGCGCGUUCUCGAGUUUUUUCGGUUCCGCGGGCUCGUUAAUACCUCGCGUUUGUAAUUUUUUUUUUUUUUGGCAAGUUCCGUACACCGUACCCCGUCCUCGUCGUCGGCGCUUUUUGGCAACACGCGGAGUGGAAAAAACAUACUUCCUUCAUCAUUACCCGUCCGUUUGGGACGCGACCGCCCCCCCCCUCCGGUCGUCGAACCGAGACACCGUCGUAUAGCCGUCAUGACGAAUGUUCCCGAUAGAAAAGUCGAAAAUAUUUCUCGCGCCGACGUAGGUCGUUUGAUUUACCGCGCAUUUAUACGCUACACGCGCGUUUUAUAUUAUAAUAAUUAUAAUAACACACGACUCGCAACAAUAUAAUAUAAUAGGUAUUGUCGUUGUGUAUCUAUAAAUAAUAUGCGACGACAAUACGAUAUUGUUAUUGAGCAAUUUUAUACAGCGCCGUUAGGUUGGCAACAUAAGGCCGUCACCUACGCAAUGUGUUUCCGUUGACGCAGGUUAGGUUUUCGAUUUCGUUACACUCGAUAACGUCACUUUCGAAACGAAAAAGACGUCCUAGGAUAAUGCGGACGGGUGCGGCCACUGUUAUUAGUAAUUUAAUGUGUACUUGUAAGCAACGACGAACCUUUGCUAAUGAAGAAACGAUUCUGAAUGGAGUUAAGUCGAUAGUGAUGCUUUGUUAACGAUAUAUGACAUAUUAUAUUGGCACAUUGUGUCACAUUAUGGUAAAAUAAUAAAAUAGAUAUUAUAUAUUUACUUUAAUAAUAUUUGUUUGACGUACCGAUUUUCCCGUUUUUCUUACGUUUUUCACGGUUUUCCCACGUUUUCCUAGUUCUUCACAUUUGCUGGCAAAACACUUGGGAAAAUCGAAAAUUGACGACCUCUUUAAAGUACCUACCUAGUCAAAUUUCAUUUUAGAAAAAUUUUUAUCAUUAUAAAUCGGAGUAAAAUUGCUGGUAGAAAAGUUGUGCAUAGAAAAAAAAAAGAAAAUUAAUAAACUUCUUUGUAAAACCAUAUGCUUAACCAUUCGCUCCACUCAGAAUCUAAAAUAAAACCUUGCUCGUAACUUAAAACUAUACACCGAGCAGUUGCACUUUUUAGUAAUUCUGCGUCGUUCGUCGACACAAAUAUCUUCCGCUAUAAUAUUACGCGAGCUUGUAAAUGAUAGUUCAUAAUAAUAAUCAGUAGUAUUGAAACGAAAAACUAAAAAGAAAUCCGAAAUGGGAGACCAUCGAAAUAAAAUAAAUAGUCGUGAUCUAUCUAACGCUAAGAACGAGUCUAACACAUUGAAAACACGAGAGAUGGGGUUUUUCUUUUUUUUUUAAUCUGGCGUUCUUCGGAUUCGAAAACCAAAAACACUUUAUUCUUAUUGUUAUAUUAUAGUGUUUACGUUUACACGUUUCUAUAACAAUAACGUGUUACGGAUCCUGCAAACCCGUAUAGUAAUUAUACGCGUUUUAACAACGACCCAGUUUUGUAAAUAACUCGUGAAAAAAAAAAUAGAAAACUAAUCAGCGCCAGACUUUCGAUGUUUUUUUUUUUUAUACGAUGUCAUUGAAUCUUUGUCGCCAAUACACAAGAACUUACGAGAAAACAAAUACGCGCGCCUCCGAAACAACAAUGGCCUUGUCGGUUUUUAUUGAUAAUGCCGACUCGAGAGAGAGAGAAAAAGUACACCUGCCGCAUUUAUUAUAUACACAUCAGUGAUAAAUAAUCAAAAUAGUCCGCGCGCAAACAAUUGGGUUUCGUGCUAUGUGGCGCGCGCGUAUUAUCCGAGCAAUAAUAAUUUAUGUCACGCCGCCGGGCUCUCGUACACUCUUAUUUCGCCACGUGAUAUUCGUCGAUCUCCGCGGCAAUAUCCAUACGCGGGCACUACUCGUAUUAUAAUAUACCCGCGUUAAUAGAAAAAAAAAUAAAUAAAAAAAAAAUAAAAAAACAAUACGAUCCGAGAGGUCGCGCGUCGGGACGCCGCGGCAAAGACUAUUGCAAUUUCGCAUCGAUAUAUUAUUAUCAGUUGCAAUAUUGUAUGUCUACUUACCUGCAGUGUACACUUCUGCAAUCCGCGCAUACACUCGGUCGAUUCGUAUUGAAUAUUGUAAUAUUAUAGGUGUGUGAUGCUAUCACUAUCGGAUUCGACCGAAACGGGCAAAUAUUUUGCUCUCGACAGGCCUCUAUAAUGGCGUGGGCGUGUCCGGGAAUUCGCAAUGCGAAUCGACAGUACGGUAAAAAAUGACAAUCACGAUCCGCAGACAACGAUAGAACUUAAACUCCGGAUCAGAUUUUUAUUCGACGAGUCGAACUUUUCUCCUUGUAAUUUGGUUUAAAUAGAUCCGUCUCGUCUGUCUCGCGCGCGUAAUAUUAUAGCGGCAAUAAUUCCGCGAUUUUUCGCGAUUGCAACUCUCUGAUGGUUGAGUUUACGCCAAAAGGACCUGUUUGUACAUUUUAUAAAAAAAAAAAAAGUAUCACUGUAUAUUAUGCCUUGACUGAAUGAUUUUAGAUUCUGAGCGGAGAGAGGAAUGUAUUGGUUUUACAAUGAUGUUUAUUUUUAAUUUCUUUCUGCGAACGACAGAUAUUUUGCUCCGAUUUUCACGUGUAGCAUUUUUUCUAAAGGUAAGUUGUACUGGAGUGGUACUUUAGUGGGAUAAUUUGUUUUGAUUUACCUACACGUUUUCCUGAUAAAUGGGAAAAACCAGAAAAAAAGGGAAAAUUUACGUAAUGUCUAAUUAUUUUAAAAUCGUAAAUAUUAUGGCCGAUUAAAACAACUGUAUAAUCAAACUCCGCUCAAAUUCGUUUUUCAAUUUUUGUGUACAGGCAUACAUUAAAUUUCCCCUCACCUACAAUAUUCAACCUACAAUACUCACCAAUAUUUUAAAACUAUUUCCACUGUACCAAAAUUAAAAUACAUUUUGACAGUUUGAGUGGGUAAAAAAUUAAAUCCUAGAUUUAUUAUCUACUAGAGGUUCAGAAGCCACGGAUUUCGGACGGGCGAUAGACACCAGACGGCGUCAUCGAGUAACGCAACGGCCGUUCAGUUCACGAAUUGACGUCCGCCAGACCAAAAUCUGACUGGUUAUCUCAUUUUCGACCGUUGAGAUUUGAUUCUUUUUUACUUCGUAGUGAGUCGCGUAUACUUGCGGUUGUAUGACAUAGUAUUAUAAUCAUAUACAUACAAUUCUAUCAGAAAACCAAUGGCUUUACGUAUUCGCAAAGAUACAAUUAUAGAAUAUAAUUAUAUAGAAUUAUAGAUAAUGAUAUAAUUAUGCAUUACGAAUAUAUUACACGGAGCAGAAACAUUGACAUUAAGAAAAACGGAGAAAAUAAACUGAUUACUAUAAAAGAGAAAAAUUUAAAGGAAAGACGUUUGGCCCUUCAGUAAAUGACGAGGAAACCACCGAAUGGAAAAUAAGGAGAAUCCGAAUAGAGGAAUUCUUUCAGAAACUAAAUGAAUUAGGUAUAAUCUAGAGUAGAAGAUUAUAGCCCGGCAUAGUUGGAACCCAUUAUUGCAUUUGGUAAUGGCAGAGAACCUUUGGCAAAAUACCUCUUGGAUGCUCCCGUUUCAGAUGGGAAGACGCGGUAAAGUGAGACGUAUAAAUAGAAGUCCAUAAUAGAAAGCAAGAGCAACUGACAAGGAUAAUUGAAUGAUAGUAGGUCGGCUACUUAACCUAGCGGUCGUUAACACUCGAGAAGAAGAAGAAGAAGAAUACAGUAUUAUAUUUGUGUCGAGGGUCAGGGUCGCGCGCAGUUCUCCGAUUAAACCGGAUACGUGUCGUCUGGACCGUGCCUGGGGGAGUGCGAGAUGUGCCCACUCACCGGGAACUACGACUACAGGGGUGCCAAUGAAAUUUUCAAAGUUCCGUAGUUGAAUAUUUUUGCAAUAUACGUCAGAAUGGUUUAGUUUCAGACAGGUUUAGUUUUUUUUACUCAUCGGUAACAUUUUUUGGUUGCCAAUUUUGCUAGACACCGCACCGCGUGUCGUCGCCGCGAUAUCGAUUUAAUUAAUUUUUGGGAUAUACAUUCGUUUUGUUGAUCUCUUGCAAUCGCAAGACGGACGAUCGAACCGAGAAAACGUCCAAUCAUUUUCGUUUUCGCACAGCGUAUUGGCCGCGGGUUCGAAACGGUCGUGAGCCGAUAUUUAUCGCCGAUCAGCCGUUACAACCUCGUAUAUUAUAGAGUCGCUUGUCCGCACGAUUUCUCGUCACGUGUGCGCGAACAAACGUUGUCGUUUAACGUCCCGAUGCAAAAUUUACCGUUUUGAAAAAUAAAAAAAAAAACAUAUACGAGUGUAUAUGUGUGUUUGUGAGUAUAUAUGACAAAUAAUUGCUGGAACUUUGCCGUCUACGACGCGGUAAUACUGCACAAAUAAUAACAUACACACGAGUAAAUACUAUUAUACGUACGAAUAUGGAAUCCACAGGUCGUUCGGUUUAAUACGAACCGCCGUAAUAUCGUUGCGUAGUAUAAGUAUAGGGAUAUAACGUGUAGUAAUCGUGUUCCUAUAUACAAACGAGUAUUGCCGCGGACGGGAACACGUAAUUUUGUAUUAUGUUUAAUCGAUUACGUCUGAGACUCCGUUAGGAGCGCUGCAUAUUAUAUCGGAUCUCUGGGGUCGUCCAGUAUGAUAUUAUCGUAAUUUUUCUAUAAUAUUAUUCUAUUCGAACUCGUUUGUAGACGCGCAUAAUCCAGUGUCCAGACUAAAUCAUCAGGGGGGGGGGUAAGCCAAAUUUUAGGGGGACAUUAGAAAAAAAAAAAAAAACAAUAUUAACUAUACAUAUACGCAACUUAUACUUGUUAGGGGUGCAACGAUUUAGGUCCAGGAGGACAAUGUUCCUCCUAGCCUCUCGUGGCUACAGGCCUGUGAGUAGCGGACGGUGAAUAAUAUUAUCCGCUCGUUGCGGUAUUUAAUCUAUAAUAUGGAAAUCAUUCGUAAACGUGUUAACGCUUUUCGAUAAUAUUAUUAUGAAUUAUAUAUAUAUAUAUUUUUUAUUGAAAUAAAUCUACAACUUAUACAUUUUUUUUUUUUUGUACAAUGAGCAGGUUUGAUAAGUGUAAAUAAAAAUAGUUAACACGAACAAUAAGAUUAGGGAAGAAACCCACUGGUAACACCCUAUAUAUUACUGUAUAAAUUAUAUAUUACUAUUAUUGUUUUGAAUAACGAACUUUCCGCCGACACGCGCAUUCUUCCACACGUGUGUUGUACGGAACAUAAUAAUUUACCAGCCGCAUUGCCCGGGCUCAAUCCAAUUCAUAAACAAAAAUCAAUAAAAUCAAUUUAAUUUGACGCGUCUCCCCAUUUCCGCCUUUAUCCCUACACCACAGUUAAUAGUUGUUGCGCCCGCGGUAAUUUAUCUUUUAAAAAGGGUACUUCCUUGUAUGCGACAACCAAAUUAAAUAAUAUUUUAAUAAUACGUUUUUUCGUCCAUGUCGCCGAGGUAACACAUAAAUCAGCGAAAAAAAAAAAAAUUAAAAGAUCAAUUUACGUUCCGAAAAUACCAAAAACCCUGCAUCGGCCAAAUAUAUAGUCCGGGGGUUGAAUUUCGAGAUAAAAUGUAGACAGCAAACUUCGCUUCUUAUUUUUGAACGUCAAGUGUGCAAAGUAACAUCGAGAUCGAAAUAAAACUAGACGUGUAUAGUGGACAGACAGACGGACGGAUGUUCAGUUUUAUAUCGUAAGAUUAUUUUGUACUAUUUAUCUACGAAUCAAAAAAAAAAAAAACUCACAAAUCUAAAAUAUUACUCUAUACGUCUAUACCGUAUGGCGUUUUGUUACAUACUUACCAAGUAUAGAUCGUAUAUACUUCGCGAUGUUAAUUAUUGCUGUGGUGUUUAGCGAAUAAGUUUGUUACUGCACGUGACGGUUACAUUUUUUGACGGUGGUUUUUCUUUUGUAUUUAUGUGCACCUGAAGCGAGAGCAUAAAAGCUAUAUAAUGUAUUUUCUUUUUUGGCAACUGCGUUUUUAGUAAAAGAUUUACUUUAUAGUGGUUUUUCACCGCACUGCAGGAGUGAAAUGUACCGGAAAACCUAUACUCGAAAAUUCGCAGCACUAUAUACUAUAUACAGCCGAAAAUACAUUUUUCUUUAUAUAUCGAAAUAAAAUGGCUUUUGGGUUUUUUUUUUUUUUUUUUUAUGCUAUGUGGGUAGGCAGUUAUAUACAAUGUAUAUACUUAUACAGCGGGGCGUUGAAAUAAAUAAAUAAAAAAAAAAAAAAAAAAAAAAAAAAAAAAACCGUUGGCAGGUAGGUAUAUAGUAUAUUUCUCGAACGAAUAAUGCAAAACAACGUCAAUAAAUAUAAAACAACGGUUUUGGUGCGGUUUUUUUUUUUUUUAAUUUUUUUUAAUCUGUAACCGCGCGCGCGGCUUGUUGGCGAUAUAACGUACAGAUAUCGUUAUAUGUAUUUAUACACGUACACGCGUGUAUAUAGUUAUACGUACGUGUAUCGGAAUUAAUGGAAGCAGGUAGUCAAAUGGGUUUCAUAAUGUAUAUUCAACUGUCAUUCCGCAAAUUAAACCGUUGGGCUAACGAGAUUCAGAAAAUAUGUGUCGCCCCGGGGAACGGUUUACACGGCCAAUAAAUAAUCAUUAGCCCCGACAUUAUUAUACUGUGUAGAAAUCGGCAAUGUUACUGAAUAAUAUGUAUAUACGUUUGUGAAAAAAAAAAAAACCAGAAAUAUAGUUAGACGGACGUGAUACGCUUCUGUGAUGGGUUUCGUGUGCAGUGCUCGCGCGCGUAAAACACCACAAUGAUUCGUUGAUAUUUUUUUGUUUCUUUUUGAUCCUCUGAUCGACAUUGUAUUUUAUAGGUUUCCAAAGCAAAUAGAUAAGCGAACAGAAAAAAUACUAAGGUUCGCGUUAGCUUUUUAAAGCGAACGAUAGUAAUUUCCAGAAUUUUAUAUUGUUAUUUUUAUACAUUUUUCGAGACGAGCAACGAAAUAUCGCGUGAUGUACGGUGUCAAACAUUUGUUAUAGAUAACGUAUAUUGCAGUACAGUACUUAAGAGAGGUAGUUUUUAGAAAUGUUCAGUUCGCUGCCCCGGAAAAUGCGAAAAACCGGCGAAAAAAAAAUAGCGAGACGAAUUUUUAAGCAAGCGAUAAAAUUAUAUUUCCGAACUUUAUGUUCAAUACCAUUUUUCGAACGUAACGUUGAUUUCAAUAUACGUAUAUGUACAAAAAUUAACAAAAUUCGAUAUUUUGACAAAAACAGAUUUUCCCACAUUUUUAUCUCACAUCCCUUGAUCCCUAGUCAUGACGCCCCAUUCUCAGUUUUGCGAGAUUUGAACGGCGGUGGUUGAGAUGUUGAUGGUUUAGAACCACCAGAAGUCGGGAAUACUUUGGGAUUGAUAAAUUCUGAUAUUGAGGCUUGAGAUGAGACUGAGACAGGAGGAUUCUAUUUCUAAGCCUAACCAGUUUAAAAUUUUUCGGAGUGUGCAUUACUUGAACAUACUUAACAUACAUAUUUUAGAAGCUUUUUCCGUCAAAUUUAAACAGCUGCAAGCCGCCGUCCACCCAUAUUGAUCAAGGUAAUAUUAUAAUAAUAUAUACUUAGCACUGCGAACUUGAACGUUUAAUAACUUUCGAAAUUUUUUCCAAACAAUUCCGACGACGGCUAACAAGUGUUCGCCGAGUUUGUUAUAGAUUUGUGCCAGCUUCGCGUAACUGACUGGAUAAACGGACUUUUAUUAUUAUUAUUAUUAUUAUUUUUUUAUCGAUGUUCCAUAACCGUGUGGCAGUUAUUAUUUUAUUAAUAACGGCAAUAAAUCGGUACGAGGGGAGAGUGGAUAUGUUAAACUAUAAAAUUAUAAACCCGGUCGAUAAGUCACGGUAAUGUUUGUCGCGCGCGACAAUUUCAUCGGACAGUUAAAAUGAAAAUCAAACGGAGUAAUUACGGUUGCCUAUAAUAUAUUAAUGUAAUAUACAAUUAUUAUUGUAUACGAUGACGACAUAAAAAGAUCACGACUUACGAGACGGAAACCAGUUUCGACGAAGUGACUACGAAGAAGUUUAUAACGUAGUGAGUGUUAUUCUUAGUGCGCGGUGGCCGCCACUUACACGUUUAUUAUGUAUCAUUAUCGUAGAAGGUACGGGAGAGUAAAGGGGAAUUAAUACGUUAGGUAUAUUUUAUAUCUUCAUAUAUAUAUAUAUACACACACACACACACACACACACACAUAUGGUUGCCCGUAGAUUAUUUUUAUUCCAGUCGCAUUAUAAUAUGCAUAAAGCGACAAACAAUACCGACGAAAUUUCAUUCUUCUCUAAUGCUGUAGUGGAGCAGAAAAAAAAAAGGAGAGAAAAGAAAGUGGCGAAAAAAAAAAGAGCAAAUGAAUGAAUCAGGCGUUUGUAAAUUGUGUGUGUGUGCACAACACUAUACGUAUACCAUUUUGCAAUUUAUCUUUUUUCUUUUUUUUUUUUUUCGUACUCGGUUUUAAAACCGUCCUUUCCAUUUUGUUUAUAUAUAUUUACGAAAAACAAAUUGCUCUUCUCCAUUUUGUAAAACUAGAUAAAUUUAAAAAUGAACUAAUGUGACUUGAAUCCUCGUCUGACGCGCGAUAGCUUUUAUUAUUACUUUUUUUUCUUCUUUUUUUUUUUCUUUACGCCGUGAAAACAGUAUAAUUUGUUUUCAAUCUUUUAUAAACCCGUCGCAAAGACCGAACAUAUUUAUAUCCAAGUAAAUUAUUAUUAUUAUUAUUAUUAUUAGGCAGGCUCCUACGUAAUUUAUUCGUCACGAUUACUUGUAGUAAAACCGUGACGCGUAAACAAUUAUUCGGGGUGGGGGGAGGUUUUUUUUUUAAAUUUAAUCUAUUCUUAGGCCGGAUCAGUAAAUAAAGCGCGUAGGUAAUAAAAACGAAGAACAUAAAACGCGUAUAUAUAAAUAUCGAUUAUCUCCGCGGAGGUUUAUUUCGUAAGCUUUUUAGCGAUAGGGCGCGCGUGACCCGCAGUUUGAAAAAUGCAUUGCGAUAGUCACACGGGAAAUUAUUACCCGCGCGCGGGUAUAAAUUUUCAGUCGGAAAUUAAAAUGUAUAACUCCUUUCGCUGCCGUCUCGAAAAAAAAAAAAAAAAACUGACCGUUCGGUAUAUAUUAAUCGUUUCGUUUCCUCAGGUUCGUUAUUUUGGUAUUUUUCGUUUUAAAAAAAAAAUUCUCCGGACUUGCCGGCAAUACGUUAACGUUUCGUCCGGGCCGUCCAAUUUACGCGGUAUUUGGCGGCGGCACGGAAACGUACAUUAUAAUAAUUCGAAAACUCCAUAAACGUAAAAACCGAUCCCGGUCUAAAAGUACCGCGAGCACAACGCCAGCCCACCGGGGGGAGGGGGGGGUGAAAUACUUCCAAGUAUAUUGUAGGCAAUUAAGGUCGUUUCGUUUACUCGCCGCUAUUUCCUGAUCGUUUCGAACAUACACCACGGCAUCCCAUUUAAAUUACCGAGAAAUAGACACCGAUAUUUUGACAAUACUUUUACCCAUAGGUAUUACGAUUAACUGGUUUUUUCUCGAUUUGUUACAGUACUGCAUGGAUUCGGACACUUCGGACAAGACGCUGUUCCCGACGUUCGCCCGCACCAGGCCGCCGGACACGCAGAUAUCGAAAUCGGUGGCCGCGGUCCUAGUGGCCUUUAA